AUGUUCGAGGGACGGGGGGCCCGUAGGGCUCAUGGAAGAGCGGCUGUGAGCUAUCUAGGCCGCUAUACGAGGAAUCCAUGCUGCAGCAGUGUGCAGCAACAGCCUGCACCACUGCAGCGGCAGCAACAGCAGCAAGAGCAGCAGCGCAUCUCCUCGCGAGCUUUGAAAAUAUCAGAAACCGAGUCUCCCCGACACGUCGCAAAUGCGAGACUGUUAGAUGGGUACGAAGAAACGCCAGCUCCUUUCUCUCCUCUUCUAAUCUGCCUCGUCUACGACUUCAAUGUGAACUCAAGCUGUUGCUUACUCAGCACCUAUCAUGUUGCAUGCGGCGGACCCCCCGCAGCAGCAUACGCACACCUGGAAUCUCUCCUCGACCUGAACGCCUCAACCCACGUAAGCGGUUCCGGCUUUUUCGGGUCGGUUUGCCUGUGCCCCUGUAUAGACUGCUGCCGCUGCCAGGAACAGCAAGCACAGCAACAGCAGCUGCUGCAACAGCAGGUGCAGCAGCAACGACCUCAACUACAGCAGCCGGAGCAGCAGCAUCAAAUGCCACCCUCUCCGGGAAUGCCCACCCUUAGAGGAUGA